CUCGGCUCGCCGCGGCUCUGCAGCGCAUCCUUUCCCGCGGCCGGGAGGAGGUGCCGGGCCGCUCCGCGGAGAAGGAGGAGGAAGGCGGCGGGGGGCUGCGGGCUCGCCUCUCGCCUCGCCGCGGCCGGCGCCGAGCCAUGCCGGGGGGCGGCGGGCGGGCCGGGGGCGAGCGGCAGCCUCGCCCCGCCAGGGGCCCGGCGGGCACCGACACUGCGCCGGCCGGGGGAUGAAGAUGAGACGCCAUAAACUCUUUCUGACUCUCUGCAUGGCUGGUCUCUGCCUCAUCUCCUUCUUGCACUUCCUCAAGGCCCUUUCCUAUGUCACCUUCCCCAGGGAGCUGGCUUCGCUUAGUCCCAACCUGGUCUCCAGCUUCUUCUGGAACAAUGCCCCAGUUACGCCUCAGGUCAGCCCUGAGCCAGGGGGUGCAGAGUUCCUCCGCACACCCCUGUACUCCCACUCCCCCUUGCUCCAGCCCCUGCCUCCCAGCAGAGCCAGCGAAGAGCUGCACAAGGCUGAGUUCAUGCUGCCAGAAGACACGGUGGAAUACUUUGUCCGUACCAAAGCCGGUGGCGUUUGCUUUAAACCAGGCACCAAGGUGUUGGAGAAGCCACCCGCGGGAGGUCGGCAGGAGGAGCGAGUGGAUGGCGCAGCCUCAGGGCGGCCGGCUCGGAAGCCGCUGAGCGCCAGCGGGACCAAGCGGCGCAAGUGGGUGGAGUGUGURUGUCUGCCGGGCUGGCACGGCCCCAGCUGCGGGGUCCCCACCGUGGUCCAGUACUCUAACCUGCCCACCAAGGACCGCCUCGUGCCACGGGAGAUCCCCCGGCGGGUCAUUAAUGCUAUCAACGUCAACCACGAGUUUGACCUGCUGGAUGUCCGCUUCCACGAGCUGGGAGACGUGGUAGAUGCUUUUGUGGUGUGCGAGUCCAACUUCACAGCGUACGGAGAGCCACGGCCCCUCAAGUUCCGCGAGAUGCUCCUCAACGGCUCCUUCGACUACAUCCGCCACAAGGUGCUCUACGUCUUCCUGGACCACUUUCCCCCUGGUGGCCGCCAGGACGGCUGGAUCGCUGAYGAUUACCUGCGUACCUUCCUCACCCGGGAUGGCAUCUCUCGCCUCCGCAACCUGCGCCCGGAYGACGUCUUCAUCAUUGACGAUGCUGAUGAGAUCCCGGCCCGUGAUGGYGUGCUUUUCCUCAAGCUCUAUGAUGGCUGGACGGAGCCCUUCGCCUUUCACAUGCGCAAGUCGCUCUAUGGCUUCUUCUGGAAGCAACCGGGCACCUUGGAGGUGGUCUCGGGCUGCACCAUGGGGAUGCUGCAGGCUGUCUAUGCUACCGAUGGGAUACGUUUGCGACGCCGUGAGUACUACACCAUGCCUGGGUUUCGGCAGUAUGAGAACAGCACGGGACACAUCCUGGUACAGUGGUCGCUGGGCAGCCCCCUCCACUUUGCUGGCUGGCACUGCUCCUGGUGUUUCACCCCAGAGGGGAUCUACUUCAAACUGGUGUCAGCCCAGAAUGGGGACUUCCCCCGCUGGGGUGACUACGAGGAUAAACGAGACCUCAAUUAUAUCCGGGAGCUGAUCCGGACUGGUGGCUGGUUUGAUGGUACUAUGCAGGAGUAUCCCCCUGCUGACCCCAAGGAGCAGAUGUAUGCUCCCAAGUACCUGCUCAAGAACUACCAGCGGUUCCGCUACUUGUUGGAGAACCCCUACCGAAAGGCGGAGGGUGCUGGGUGAGGCCACCGAGGCUCAGGCUUGGGUGGAAAUCAGAACUUCACGAGAAAGGGAAGGAGUCGGGUGUUUUCGUCUGUUCCUUUUCUUCUGUUUCCUUUGUUUAUGGGCAGGGUGUGCCAUUUUUCUGGGGUCUCUGYCCUCCCUCCCUUCCUGUUCUUUUUCCCUUCAUCCCAGGGUGAUGUCUGGGAAUCCAAAUUCCUCAGUCACAUAAAGGGAGGCCUGGUCAGGAGGAAGAGAGAUGUUGGGGACCUGUUCUGUAGUAGUAUAAAGACUUUCUUGCAUGUUCCGAAUCUCUCCUGCUGGCUGGAGAGAAUACACAGCCAGCUGGCAGAUUUUCCUCUGGGRGAGACUGAGAGGGUCCCAUGGGGAGAGAGGGCAGCUAUUCCUAUCCAUCCUCAUCCUUUGUGGAUUGGAGCAAGCAUAGAUGCAAGCCAGGGCUAUUCAGUGAGCAUGAGUCAGCAGGCACAAACUCUUGUGAUGGUUGCAUGUGCAGAUGUGUGUCAUGGCAUUCUUUUGGUUGAGUGAAUGUGCAAAAGCAUCUUGGGAUGUUUGUUAUUGUGUUUUUUUGGUUUUUUUUUUUAAUACCUUUAUGUUCAGAGUGUAUUUUGGGGAAGGGAAAUCCUUUGUUUCCAAGRUGCAGCCCCCUCCACAGCAUUAAUGCAUCUAUCCUGGGGUGGAUCUUGCCUCAGUACACUACCAGUGCUGGGGUGGGCAGAGAGGAAGCAGAGGAGAAAGCUGGGUUUGAGGGUUUUUUCUGCUCAUUUUUUGCCCUUGCCCCAACAAGACUGCAUGGACUUGUCYUGCAGAAGCCAAAGCAUCUUCCCUGCAGCACAUGCUUCUGUUGGGGCUGGGAUAAGCUGCAGGGGACUCAAUCAGAUGGUGGGAGUGUAUGUUUGCAAGUGCAUGGUUGCCUGUGUGCAUGAGUGCUCAUGUGCAUGGGUUUGGUGUGCACCUGGGUGUUUGUUACCAAUGUUGGGGGGGAGGAAGAGGACACAGUGGGGCUUGGCAGAAGCUGUGAUCUUAGUCGUGGCAUGGGUGAUUUCUUGGGGAAUUCACAGGAAAGGACCAGGGAUAGUAUUGGCUCUGCAUAGCAGUGCUACACAUGUAGGCCUGUUGCAUGUCUCUAUGGCUGCCUCUAGAGCCUCACAGGCUGUGCCUGUAGCAGGACUCCUGCUUUCACGUGCUUCUUACCAUGGGGUAAUAAAAGGGAGAAGGGAAGGGCAAAGUUCUGAGUCACUAAUGGUUGUUUUGGGGGAACAAAGCCUGUCAAGGCACAGGAUCCAUCUGUCUGUUCUUAGGCUGUGAGUGAGCUCCUGAAGAGAGAGGCCAUGGGCAGAUUCUCCGUGGGGCCAAGAGACUGUUUGGGGACCACCAUGCAAUCCAGAGAGUAUGUGCAGCCCACGUCUGAGCCUGGGCCGAGCAGACAAGACCACGGAGAGGAGAUUUAGGAGGGCACUAGUUGCAGCUGGUUGGGCUGGUGUCUGCUCAGUUUGCCAGGGUUGGGCAGUGAGGAUCUGGCUUGCUCUUGUGUUGGAUUGAUUCAGCUCCCUGGGGAGGCAGAUUCUUGUCUCCACCCUUACCACCACCCUUCCUUAGCAAAUGGCUUGACAGGAUGCCUGGAGCCUGGGUUGUAGUGGGCAGAUGGUGAAAAGCAUAAUGGACAUGCUCUCUUAGCCUUGCAGUGGAAAGACUGACUCUUAGMCUUGCAGUGUUCCAAGCAGAAAUCAUAUGGAAAAGAAGAAAGAGGAAGGCACUGGCACAAAGAAAUGUGACCCUUCUGGCCAGCUGUUCCAAAGCAGGAGGGUUUUCAUUCCAUUUAACUCUGUCGUGGCUCUAUGGUCCAGUGUCGUCCAGCAUGUGCCACCCUUAUGUUUCAUUCCUGCCUAUGUCUCUCUCUCUCUUUCCCUCCUAGUCCCCUCUCUAGAGUAGGGGAAAAUGUCAUCAAAAGUAACUUAGUUGCCUAAUAAGGCUGAGACUGGAACAGAAUGAAGAUCAGUGACUUUUUCUGAUCAAAUUGAGAUGCAGUUCACCUUACCUCCUUCCACAUCUUGUGCCAUAAUGCCUGCUUAGAAGAACUGAAGGAACCUCUCUUUUUGUUAGUAUUUUUUUUGUGGUUUGUUUUUUUUUUUUUUGAUCACUGUUCUCACUUCUGUUGUGUCUUCCCCACAGGCAGAGAAGCCUCUUUGGGAACUGGGUGGACAGACAAGGCUCUUCCCCCAAAGGGAAGUUGUGGCUUUUUAAAGUCCAGACUUACUGAUGUAGCAGAAGGAGCUCCUGUCACAGUCAUGAGGUCCUGGUUCCGAGCGACUGUGGAGGUCUUUGAGUAGAGAGAUAAUAGAGAAACAGGAAUCCAGCUGAGAAAGAAGGAGCCUGUACUGAGCAAGAUGAAAGCCACAACACUGAGGAUGCAGCACRAGGGAAACAUGCUUUCCCCAGGGACAGGUGGAGGAGAGCGGAUGUGUUAGCUCAUGCAGUUCAGCAGCAGAAAAGCAUGGAAGGAAGAAGCCAUAUCCCAUUUUUACUUUGGGGAGGGAGCCUGAGGUCUGCUCUUGGAUCUUUUGCUUUUGCUGUGCCUCAGUGAUGAUAAUACAAGGCCAGUGCCAGGCUUUGCUGGGGACAGAAGAGAAGRACAAGCCAGUCUGCAUGGAUGCUUUGGCAGCACCAGAGCCUCACUUCAGCAAGAGCUAAAGUUUACUUGUGCUGGGGCUGCACCUUGUUAUCUUCCACAGUGGGAGCAGCCUCUCCUCUGAGCAGCCCUUCCCAUGCAUGGCUGKCUGUGAGGAUUUUCAGUGCACACUAGUUAUAUUUUCAGUGUUGAGCUAUGGGCCCUUGUCUCUUGUGAGUUUGAUAAGCCCCCAGCUGCAGAAUCUGAUUCUCCUAUUCCUGAAGUACAGCCCAUUGCCUUCUCUCCUCCAUUUGCUCCAUCAUUCUCUUCCCUCUGAUUUGCCUCUUCCUUCUGCCCACAUGGGCUGGAGAAGAAUGUGUUGCUGGAAUAGGAAUGAUGGGGCUCUUCUGCAGGACUCCUGCCCUGAUUGCCUCCUGGACUUCCUCACUUCCUUUUUCUUAGAAAAUUAAAUAUAAACCAGACUUCUGUUGUAGUGUGGGAGGAAGGGGCUUUACAGAUGAAAUGCAUUCUUUAUUGUUUCUCUUUCUCAAGAAUUGUUUAAACAUUUUUUGAUAUAAGGCCAAACCAGUCAAUGUUUCUGUCCAAUUUGUCUGGCUAACCCUGUUUUUAUUAUCCUUAGGGAGUUAGAGUGCUUGUCAUUAAAAAUCUUCCUUCUUGUCCCUGGAGGGAGCAGACACUGCAAAGCUGACUUUCACACAGUGAUUUUCCAAGGUGGUGGCUUACCCUCUGCUCAGCCUUGCCUGUGCUGCUGUGUUGGGACCUCUGCAGCCGGCUCCUGGUGGGGCAGUCACUCCUCCAGGCAGUGCCACAAAGGGGAAGUCAAAAACCUGUGGGGUUAUGAGGUGGUGAGAGAGGCAAAGCCAGAGGCAGGUUUGUGGCAGAUUGUUGUUUCCCAGUGCUGAACUCUGAGGUUAGCAUUGAGGCUCCUUCAACUUAUCUGAAUCAGGUUCUUAGAUUUGAGAAGAGAGAGACCAAAAACCUUGUCUUGGCACUGGGCUGGAAGUGGGAUCAGACUACCAGAGCCUGAUGUCUGUGGGUUGUUGCAGCCCACAGUGGGCAGUGAAUCCUUCUGUCURUCUUGGACCAAACUGUCCAGUGGAGGGAGGGAAUGCAUCACCACCCUUUUCCUGUAGUGCUGUUCAUCUUAGUGCAUUUUCAAUCCUGAAAUCUGUUUUACCUUCAAAUUAGUGCAAAGGAGGGCCAGGAAGUACGUGAAGCAGUGUGUGGCACACCCAAUCCUUGCACUUCUUUGUCUGCCUAUCUCUUUCUUUGUGCUUCCCACCUAAGAAAUUGUGUCCCCAUGCAUGGCUUUGGACUGGAGAAUGCCUCUUCCUCCUUUGCCUUGAGUGAAGGGAAGGACAUGGGCUUUGGUGGGCCUGUGCAGGUGAGCUUGCUAAAGCAGAGGGAGUAGGGCAUGUUAGACAUCUAUGCCCRUCUGGGGGUAAUGCCGCACCCAAGUGACAGAAAAGACACAGUGACUUUGUGCCUGUGGUUGGUAUGGAGGAUGACAUGCUUAAGCCCACUCCUGCUGUUGCUUUCUCUGAUCCCUGUGUCCUGCUGAGGUAUUUGCUGUUGUGCUGCCCGGGUCAGCCCACUCUGUCUCUCUGUGAUGGGUAAACAAGGAAAGCGAGCUGGGGUGGAGGGAGGGCGUCAGAGAAGAAUGGGUACUCAUUCUGCUCUACCUGCCGUGGUUUCCUUGUGGGAUGGUGUGUCUCUUCCCCUCCUCAGUGUCCCGGGGCUCCCUCCCUGUGUCCCAGCUCCUGCCGGCAAUCUCUGGCUGCUAUGCCUCUGCACUGUGAAGACACGUGUCCAGGGUCACUCCUGGUUUGGUACUGAACACUGGUGAUGAAGAGGGAAGGGAUGGCUUGUCUUGGCUUCACUGACCUCUAACCUUGGUGAGAAGGGAGGGAAGUGAGUGGGAGAAUGGAUUCUGUAUCCCUCCGUCAUUGUGUUCUCACUACACUCCCUAAACCCCUCCUUUCUGAUUUCUGAGACAUUGGACAAACUCUUACUACAGAAAGGGAAGGGGAGCAGGAGGGUAAGAAGAUGGCAGGAGGAGCUUAGAUCCAGCACCAAGAAAGGAGAACUGUUUCUAAUGCAAUACACUGUCAUUUUAAAGCUUUGGGGACUACAGGUAAUGGAUGAUGAAGGGAUCUGAAAUACUCUGAGACUAAGAAUUUGAACCACUGUUUUUUUCCUGUCUGUGUGGAUGAUGAUGCAGUAUCAUCCUGGAGGUGGUCCAGCAGCAAUUCUGAGCCUGGGGUCCACCUGGACCUACUGCAGGUGUUGCUUCUGGAGUGGUUCCAGAACACCCUGCUUUGGAAAAAGAAUGCAUGGACUUGCCAAAAACUAAAAAGAAAAGAACAAAUAAGAGCAUCUGCAAAGCUCCUUUCAACUCUGUAAUUUAUAAACAGCAAGUAAUAAUGAACUUUUUGUAAGGAUGAAUCAAAUGUACAUACUGAAAUCAUUUUCUCUGUAAAUGGUUGGAUUUCAUUUCACCCUUAAAGGGAUGCUUAAAAGGAAGAGAUAAUAAUAAAAACAAAAAAAAUUUACAAAGUAUGAAAGGAAACAAAGACAUGUGUGUGACAGCUUUUUUUUUUUUCUGAUGGUGUGGCCAAGGGGCUGCUGGAAAAGGGAGUGAGGGAGCUUCCUGCUUGGCAGGACAUGUUUCCUAAGAAGGGAGAUGGAAGGGGAGCCUAGCUGGUUUGAGGACUGAUUCCUGAUUUUGUAGGCCCAGGUCGGACCUAAUCUGCAUGUUAGGUGAGUAUGAACAUACAAGAGCACAUGAGGUGGGAGCAAUGGUGGCUCUCAGAAGAUUGGAUGGAUGUGGAAACCAUCAUCAUCUCAUAAAAUGGUCCCUUUACACCAUCUUUGAUCCUUUGAAUGCAUCCAUUUUUCCAAGUAAAGCCCUGGAAACCCUGGAUCCCAAAUUAAGCCUUCCCGCUGCAGCAAAGGCCUCUCUAGUGGCUGACUUUUGGCACGGUGCAUGAAAGAACGUGACCUCCUUGUUUUGGUUUAUUUUUAAACGUGUCUGAUGUAGUCUUGGCUGUUCCCAUUACUUGGUAUCAAAGUCUGGUCCUGCUCUGAAUCCUCCUAACCAGCUGCCUUCUGCAGUGCUUUUGGCCAGGGCCUUUUGCAAGCUCAUGUGCCAUCUGCAGCUUUUUAAUUUUUUUACCCUUUUAAGUGUCUUAUGCUUCAGGUUCAUUCCUGAUUCCAUUUAGAGAUAGUGACUGCAAGCAUCAUAGGCUAUUUUCCUCAUAAUUACUAGCUCCAGUAAAUUCCCUUAUCUUUCUUUCAUCYAUACCAUUCAAAUGUUUUCAAUUCUCCUCUUGUGGAAGGCUCUCAUCAAACCAGAGGUUUGUGUUGUGCAUUGCUAAAUGCAUUUCUGCUGCUUCARUCUCUGGAACAAAGGGUGUGAGAGAAACCUGCCACUCAAAAUCAACAAUUAUAAUUUUCUAUUUAGAAUUUUUAGCGUUCUUGGUGAUCACUGUAUUUUAGUGCCUGCAUGGGGGAUAAUCUAAAAAUAGUUGAUGACCACCAUUUCACUGAAAUUUCAGUUUUUCUAAGAGUUGAAGUAUAAAUCUAUAAGCAUAGGCCAAUGGCAAUUUUGUGAGAGUUUAAGAAAUGGGAGUUGACUAGGUCAAAGGUUCUCUCAUGUUAUUUGUCUUGCCUCUAACACCAGAUCUUUACUGACAUUUAUAUUAUUUUUAAAAGUAAUGUAAACGGUGUUCCUUUUGUUUCUGGUGAGGUUUUAAAAGACCUUUUUUGCCAGAAAGCAUGAGCUUCUGCUGCAGGAGCUUCAAGUGCCUCUGUGAGACAGAGGGGUUGAAUCUUGGACAAACCAGUCUGGGAUGGAGACCUUCAUUUGCAGGAGCAGUG